GGUUCCAUUUUUAACAAGAGAAGAAUCGUGGGGUUGCUUCUUUUUUUGUUCUCCUUUCUCCCUGUGCUGAGAGAGAGAGAGAGAGGCUAGAGAGAGAAUGGGGAGAGGGAGGGUGGAGCUGAAGAGGAUCGAGAACAAGAUCAACAGGCAAGUGACGUUCGCGAAGAGGAGGAAUGGGCUCCUCAAGAAAGCCUACGAGCUCUCCGUGCUUUGCGACGCGGAGGUCGCUCUAAUCAUCUUCUCCCAUAGAGGAAAGCUGUACGAGUUCUGCAGCAGCUCAAGCAGCAUGCUCAAAACCUUGGAAAGGUAUCAAAAAUGCAACUAUGGAGCACCGGAGCCUAGCAUCUCUACCCGGGAAGCACAACUGGAGCUAAGCAGUCAGCAGGAAUAUCUGAAACUUAAGGCACGCUAUGAAGCCCUACAGCGAACGCAAAGGAAUCUUCUUGGGGAAGAAUUAGGCCCUCUGAGCAGCAAAGAACUGGAGUCUCUGGAAAGGCAGCUCGAUUCAUCCUUAAAGCAGAUUCGAUCCACUCGAACACAGUAUAUGCUGGACCAGCUCACUGACCUUCAACGCAAGGAGCAGCACCUCAACGAAGCAAACCGGACCUUGAAGCAGCGGCUCAUGGAAGGGUACCAAGCAACUGCGCUGCAAAUGAACCCAGCCGCUGCGGAGGAAAUGGUUUAUGGUGGUAGGCACUUGGCUCCACCACAUCAUGGACAUGAUGCCUUCUUUCAUCCCCUAGACUGUGAACCCACCUUGCAAAUUGGAUACCCACAAGAUCCUUCUGCAUCGGUAGUCACAGCAGGUCCGAGUUCAAGUAGUUACAUGCCAGGAUGGUUGCCAUGACAGACUGUGGAAGCUCGUUUUGCUUAUAUAUAUAUAGAUAAUCGUCCUUGAUUUGUUCUCUGUGAUGUCCAAUGGAAAAAGAACAUGUGACGAUAAGGUUAUGCAAUUAUGGUUUCGAGUUUGGGGAAUACUCGGAAAUAAUUAAUCUAUAGUGUGAUUCCGUGUGUGUUCGCGAAUCAUUAUCGCCAUUAUGAAUUCGUUUGAUCCA